CUGGACUAGCACUUAUGAAGAUCCCAAGGCGAGGUCCCGUGACACCACCCCACCACACCACAGCAGGCUGCUGGAGUCCUGGGACCACCUGGGUCUGUGGCCCAAAUCCUUCCUCCCUAAGGGGAGGGAAAGGGGUGUUCCAGCCGGGCGGGGUGGGAAGGGGUGUUUGGGCGGGAUUGUGACAUAAGAUUGCCCUGGUGACAUGGAGCAGAUCUGGACCCAAGCCUAAUAAAGGUGGCAUAAAUAAAGGUGUCAUAAAGACAGGGCGGGGCGCAUGCUUAUAAGGGGCACGAGCAUCUUAGGGUUGCCAGAAUGACUCCCGCUCAGUGCGCAGCACUUGCGUGUGUCAUGUCCCAGCUGCGUUUCUGGGGCCCAUGGCCCCUCUUCACGUGGCAACUAUUGUGUCUACUAGUCAAGGAGCUCAGCCUCUGGAGUGGGUCAAGGACCCACUCCAGCUGACCUCUAACCCCCUGGGGCCGCCUGAGCCCUGGUCUUCCCGCUCCUCCCAUCUCCCAUGGGAAUCUCCCCAUGCGCCCACUCCCCCGGCAGACCUGGGGGACUUUGAUUACCUGGGGCCCUCUGCUUCCUCGCAGAUGUCAGCCCCGCCCCAGGAAUCGACUGAAAAUUUGGUUCCAUUCCUGGACACGGAUUCAGCUGAAGAGCUGCCCCUGGGGCCAGAGCAGUUCUCCGCUGCACACCAGGAUUUAAAUGACAAGCUGACUCCGCAAGAAAGGCUCCCAGAGGUGGUCCCACUGCUGGACGGGGAUCAGAACCAGACCCUAGUUCAGCUUCCUCGUCUCAAAAGUAAGGUUCCAACUGCAGAUCUAGAUCGGGCUGCAGGUCAUCAGGCAGAUGAAAUACUUGUUCCGCUAGACAGUAAGAUUUCAAAACCAACCACAUUUAUUGUUUCGCCCAAGAACCUGAAGAAAGAUCUAGCCGAGCGUUGGAGCCUUGCUGAGAUUGUUGGAAUUCCACACCGAUUAUCCAAACCUCAGCGUGAGAAACAGACUUUGCAGGAUGAAUAUUCGAGUAUGGACACACUGUAUCCCGGCAGCCUGCCUCCAGAACUCCAGGUGAACUCAGAUGAGCCUCCAGGGCCCCCUGAGCGAGUUGGACUUUCUCAAUUCCAUCUAGAGCCGGAAACUCAAAAUCCAGAGACCCUUGAACACACCCAAUCCUCUUUACUCCAGCAAGAAGCCCCAGGGCAGUUUCCACAGCUUCCUGAGGAGGAAGAACCUUCUUCCACCCAGCAGGAGGCCCCAGCUCUGCCUCCAGCAUCCUCUAUGGAGAGUCUAACUCUACCGAAUCGUGAGGUGACAGUUCAGCCUCCAGGUGAGGAUCAAGCUCAUUAUAACUUGCCUAGCAUUACAGUUAAACCUGCAGAUGUGGAGGUUCCUGUGACUCCAGAGGCUGAAAACGAGACAGAAUCUUCCGAAGUCCAGCAGGAGUCCCCAGGUCAGCCUCCAGAGGAGGUGGAACCUUCUGCAACCCAACAGGAGCCCCCAACUGAGCCUCCAGGUCCUCCUAUGGAGCUUGAACUUUCCCCCAGUGAGCAGGAGCAGCCAGCUCAGCCUUCGGAGUCUUCUGGGGAGGUUGAAUAUUCUCCAGCCCAGCAGGAGGCCCCAGCUCAGCCCUCAGAACAUCAUGAAGUCACAGUUUCACCUCCUGGUCACCAUCAAACUCAGCAUUCAGAUUUUCCCAAUGUCUCUGUUAAGCCUCCAGAUGUGCAGCUCACCAUAGCAACAGAGCCUAGUGCAGAGGUGGGAACUUCUCCAGUUCUCCAGGAGGCUACAGCUCAGCUCUCAGGGCCAGGUAAUGAUGCAGAACCUCCCGCCAUCCAGCACGGGGGCCCACCUCUGCCUCCAGAGUUAUCGAAAGAGGCUGGACCUUCAGCAAUUCAACAGACUUCAGUUCAAUCUCCGGAACCUGUUAAUAAUGAGAACCCCUCUCCAACCCAGCAGGAGGCUGCAGCUGAGCAUCCACAGACCGCUGAGGAGGGUGAGUCUUCUCUAACCCAGCAGGAGGCCCCAGCUCAGACUCCAGAGCUCCCUAAUGUAGUUGUAGCUCAACUUCCAGAGCAUCAUGAGGUAACAGUUUCCCCUCUAAGUCAUGAUCAAGUUCAGCUUCCAACAUUGCACCAUGUCACUGUUAAUCCUGUCGAUCACGUGGUUACCAUGACUCCAGAUUUCAUUAAUCAGGUUGCAAUGUUAACCCAACAGGGGGCCCCAGCUCAACCCGUAAUGUCCCCUGAGCAGUUUCAACAUUUGAAAGACCAGCAAGACAUUAUAACUCAGCAGCUAAACAGACCUGAAAAUUAUGAACUUCCUCUAGUCCAUAAAGUGCCCACAACUCAGCUUCCAACUCAGCUCUCCUCAAACUUUGAAAGUUCACUGAAUGAUGAAGCAAUAGGUUCACCUCUAUAUAUGUCACAUCUAGAUGUAGAUAUGGGGCUUACCAGACCUACAGUAGUCACUAUGCGGGUACAACCUUCUCCAGUCCAGCAGGACGAUCCUUCUGUUCCCACUGAGCAGGCUGACUUUUCUCUAGCCCAGCCUGAUCUCCCUUCCCCACUUCUGCAUUCUCCUGAAAAGACUGAAUCUCCAGUCCAGCAAGAGGCCACAGCUCAGAUUCCAGAUUCCUCUAAGGAGGCAGAACCUUCUCCAGUCCAGCAAGAGUUCCCAGCUGAGCCACCAAAGCCCCCUAAGGAGGUUGACCCAUCUGCAACCCAGCAGGAAGCCUCAGGUCCUCCUCUGAAGUCCACUGAAGAGAUCAGUCCUCCACUGCAGCAGGAGAUACCAGUUCAGCCAUCAGAGCCACCUGAGAUGGUCGAGCUAUCUCCAGUCCUACAGCAGGCCCCAACUCAACUUUUAGAGCGACCUAAAGAGGUAGAAUCCUCUCCAGUACAGCAGGCAGUCCCUGCUCAGUCUUCAGACCCCCCUAUGGUGAUAGAACCCUCUCUGACCCAGCAGAUGGCCCCAUCUUUAUCUCCAGAGUUCCCUCAGGAGGUGGAACCAUCUCUAACUCAGGAGGAGGUUCCAGCUCAGAUUCCAGAGCCCCCUAUGGAGGCAGAACCUUCUCUGACCCAGCAGGAGGCCACAGUUCAGGCUCCAGAGCCCCAUCAGGAGGUAGAAACUUCAAGGCAGCAGAUGAUCCCAGUGCAGCUUUCAGAGCCACCUAAGGAGGUUGCAGCUCAACCUCCAGCUCAUGAUGAGGUGACAGGCCCAACACCAGGUCAGGAUCAAGCUCAGCAUUCAACAUUGCCCAGUGUCACAGUUCAGUCUUUGGACCUGGGACUUACCAUCGUUCCAGAACCCACUAUGGAAGUUGAAUAUUCUACACCCCUGAAGAAGACUAUAGUUCCUGCAAAGCACCUUAAGGUGACACUUCCACAUCCAGACCAGGUUCAGACUCAGCAUUCACACCUGACUCAAGCCACAGUUCAACCUUUGGACCUAGGGUUUACCAUCACUCCAGAAUCCACGACAGAGGUUGAACUUUCUCCAACCGUGCAGGAGACCCCAACUCAGCCUCCUAAGAAAGUUGUACCCCAUCUUCUAGUAUAUCAAGAGGUAACAAUUCCAACACCAGGUCAGGAUGAAGCUCAGCAUCCAAUGUCAUCCAGCGUCACAGUUCAACCUUUGGACCUGAGACUUACCAUCACUCCAGAACCCACUACGGAGGUUGGACAUUCUACAGCCCUGAAGAAGACUCUAGUUCCUCCAAAGCACCCUAAGGUGACACUUCCACAUCCAGACCAGGUUCAGACUCAGCAUUCACACCUGACUCAAGCCACAGUUCAACCUUUGGACCUGGGGCUUACCAGCACUCCAGAGCCCAGUACGGAGGUUGAACCUUCUACAGCCCUGACAACUACAGCUCCUCCUCCAGAACACCCUGAGGUGACACUUCCACCUUCAGACAAGGGUCAGGCUCAGCAUUCACACCUGACUCAAGCCACAGUUCAAUCUUUGGAUCUGGGGUUUAUCAUCACUCUGGAACCCACUAAAGAGGUUGAACUUUCUACAGCCCUGACGACUACAGCUCCUCCUCCAGAACACCCUGAGGUGACACUUCCACCUUCAGACAAGGGUCAGGCUCAGCAUUCACACCUGACUCAAGUCACAGUUCAACCUCUGGCCCUGGAGCUUACUAUAACUACAGAACCUACUACAGAGGUUAAACCAUCUCCAACCACAGAGGAGACCUCAACUCAGCCUCCAGACCCGGGGCUUGCUGUAACUCCAGAGCCCACUACAGGGACUGGACAUUCUACAGCCCUGGAGACGACUACAGCUCCUCGUCCAGACCAGGUUCAGACUCUGCAUCGAAAACUGACUGAAGUCAGAGAUCCACAUACUGAACUAGAACCUACUCAGGACUCACUGGUGCAGCCUGAAAGUCACGCCCAAAAUAAGGCUUUAACUGCACCAGAGGAACAGAAGGCCUCCACAAGCACCAACAUAUGUGAGCUCUGUACCUGCGGAGAUGAGACACUGUCAUGUAUUGAUCUCAGCCCAAAGCAGAGGCUCCGCCAAGUGCCUGUGCCAGAGCCCAACACCUACAAUGGCACCUUCACCAUCUUAAAUUUCCAAGGAAACUAUAUUUCGUACAUUGAUGGAAAUGUAUGGAAAGCAUACAGUUGGACCGAGAAACUAAUUCUCAAUGAAAAUUAUUUGACUGAAUUACAUAAAGAUUCAUUUGAAGGCCUGCUAUCCCUCCAGUAUUUAGAUUUAUCCUGCAAUAAAAUACACUCUAUUGAAAGACGUACAUUUGAACCACUACCAUUUUUGCAGUUUAUAAAUCUUGGUUGCAAUUUACUCACAGAACUGAGCUUUGGAACAUUUCAGGCCUGGCACGGAAUGCAGUUUUUACACAAGUUAAUUCUCAAUCGCAAUCCUCUGACAGCUGUUGAAGAUCCAUAUCUCUUUGAACUGCCAGCAUUAAAAUAUUUAGACGUGGGAACAACGCAAGUUUCACUUACAACACUUAAGAACAUACUCACGAUGACUGUUGAAUUGGAAAAACUGAUCUUACCUAGCCAUAUGGCCUGCUGCCUCUGCCAAUUUAAAAACAGCAUUGAGGCUGUGUGCAAGACAGUCAAGCUGCAUUGCAACAGUGCAUGUCUGACAAACACCAUACAUUGUCGUGAGUCUAAAUUGCCUGGUGAUCGUUAUAUUAUUUUAAGUAUUUUGAUAAUUUCUUCAUAUAGUGCAAUGUACUGUCAGCUACGGUCCCUCAUCCCCAGCGAGGAUGUGAGAAGGUUUAUUUCUCAUGUUAUCCGGACCUUAAAGAUGGACUGCUCUGAAACCCGUGUGCAACUGACCUGUGCCAAGCUCAUCUCCAGGACAGGCCUCCUGAUGAAGCUUCUCAGUGAGCAGCAGGAAGUAAAGACGUCCAAGGCAGAAUGGGAUACGGAACAAUGGAAAACUGAGAACUAUAUUAAUGAGAGCAUGGAAGCCCAGAGUGAACAGAAAGAGCAGAAGUUGAGUGAGCUCACAAAAGAAGUUCCAGGAUAUGGCUAUAACAACAAACUCAUCUUGGCAAUAUGUGUGACUGUAACACUGAUUAUUUUGAUUACAAUUUUCUGCCUCAUUGAGAUUCAUUCGAAGAAGAGAAGGGCAUCAAAGGAAGAUAACUUGAGCCCAAGCUAAGUCGUCUGGAUGGCCUGGAGCCAUGUUUGAAAAAUUUUAUUACUGUAGAUAAACCACUUUAGAUUGAUGUUGACACCUAAUGACCAACAUCGGGAAUUGCCACAUAACAGAGGACAACGCAACAAGACCAGCUAUAUUUCUUACAAACGCAGACUGGUGUGAGCACAUGGCAUGAUCCAAGAGUGCCCAGCGUCUCCUCUCAGGCUGGAGUUUGGUGGCGUGAUUCCAACUCACCUCCUGGGUCAAAUGAUUCUCCUGCUUCAGCCUCCAGAGUAACUGGGAUUACAGAUGUAUUCUUCAGCCUUGAAAGGAAGGAAAUUCUGAUGCGUUACAACAUGGAGAACCCUGGAGGGCGUUAUGCCAAGCGAAAUAAGCCAGUCACCAAAGGAGAAAUACUGUGUGAUUCCACUCACAUGAGGGUGAUGACAACUCCGUGAGGGUGGAGAUUAUACGUCUCUCAUCAUUUCAGCAACAAGGAAAUAAAUUAGUGGCAGAGUAAGGGUGACUUGAGCUAUCAGCUUCCCAGUUUACAAAAUUAAUCAAGAAAUAAUGCGGGGCCACUGGCACAAAUGAGGCAUCUCCUGGAAGCUUAACUUCCUAUCCAUCCCAUCUCUUGGACAGAUGAUGCCAGUUAAUUACUAUGAAUGUAAGUAUUUUAUCCAAAAGCACUUAUGUGUCUAAACAGAUUCCUACAAAUCAACACAAAAAUGGUAAAUAAUUCAACAGAAAAAUGGGCAAAAGCUUAUCAUUAUCAACAAAUAAGAAGAAGGAAACCCUAUGCCAGGUAGCACCAAAGCUUUGGUCCAGUGCCCUCUGUUGAAACAUCCUAGGCUUUUUAUUUCCACACCUAUUACAACUGACCUGAUUUGGCCCCUUCACAUUUUACUCAUAGAUUUUGCUAAACCUUUCUAUUUUGUCUCCCUGAAUUAAGCUUUUCCUUUUGGACACAUUACAUAUGGAUUCUAAAAUAAUCCUUUGCAUGUCUACACUUGAACAUAAAGCAAAAAACAAAAUAAAAAAAAUAAUCCUCCUGUUUUAAUCA